AUGCCGCGGAAGAACGCGCUGUCCGCGCUGCUCGACGAGCACCAGCGGCAGGAGAGAGUUUCCGCCAGUGCCGGCGACGCUGUACAAUCUAUUCCUGCGUCUCCUCGUGCGAAUGCACUCUUUGUGAGCUCUGUGGACGCAGCAGAAGUUGCACUGUCGCCGGCUGUAGGAAUGUUUCCCGCGCGACCAACGGCGGGCCGUCCUCAAGACCGUCACGAGCGAGAUGCGGCACUACGGAUGGAACGAGUGUACGAGGAGGUGUCAAGACGGAAAGGACAAGUUGUUGAAGGCCGUGAAGCGUCCAGUGGGGCUGUAGAUACGGACGGCAGUUGUCCGCCGCCGGCUACGGCUGCUGCUGCUGCUACUUCAGAAGCGAUGGCUACUGCUGCUGCUACUUCCCGCAAUAGCUUGGGCAUUUUCUGCACUUUUCAUGGUCAGGAGGGACAAGUGUUACGAAACUUGAUGCAGCAAAAGGAAGACGGGGCGCGUCGCUUAUCAAUGUCGAGACCGAAAAACAGGAAAAGACCUCGAAGAGGCAUGAAAAGAGUCGGGUUUGUCGCGCCAAUGCAGCCUGCUGCGACAGAACCAUCGUCUUGUCAGACAGCAGGUGAGUGGCAUGUCGAGAUGUCCAGUGCUGGUGCUUAUCGUCAGCACAAUGAGGAGGAGGAAUGGAACGAAAGACGGAGAGAACGACAGCAAGAGCGACGAAGACGUCGAUGUGCGAAAUCGAGUCGAAAGAAGCCUGGCAAUAGUAAUGGGAGAGAAGCAACGUUGUUGGAUGUGGACGACGCUACCGUGCAGUAUAUUGAUGCGGUGCUGGUAAAGCCGGAUCCACAGGUUUUCAACAAGUACACGCGGUUUUUUCUGGACCCGAAGCUGGAGACUUUGUAUCAAGACUUUACCGCAAUUUACUGGCUUGGACGGGCUCGCUGGCACGUGGCCGUAUGGAUGACUGUGCAUUUGUUCGUUAAUCUCUCGUUUUACGCGGUACCAAAGUCAGGAUUUACCGGCAUGGAGCAGUUUAUUCUCUCGUACGAUUCUCUGCCAGCGUACUUCCAGUGGAUAUACGUACCGAUCGCACUGCCGUUUGCCGCGCUGCCCAACAAGUGCAAUCCGUUUCAGACACGAUGGCGCAGCUGGGUAUGUCUUAUCAUCAUCUUUUUCAACCUGACGUUUCAGAUAUGGCUGGCAGAUGCUGGCCGCCUUGCCAGCAAAUCAUUUGCGUCAGCCGUUCGAGACCAAUUAUCGUGUAAAGCUUCAAACCCGGCACUCGCGUCGAUGUUUGUGGGUAUGAACGGAAGCUCAAGCGGCAGUGAUGACGUUUUGACCAGCGAUACGAUUAGCAGCGCUCUGGUGUACCUGAAGGACGAGCAGAGAGAUUUGGCUAUCCGCGUAACCAAUCUGUGCUCGGACGCACUGGUACAAACGCUUGUUGGAUUUGUGUCGCUGUUCAGCUUCUUAUUCGUGAUAUCUAUUCGGCUCGAGUUCGUUCAAGUCGUAGUUGUGGCGGUCUUCGGAGCCGCCACCUAUGCUAGCGUAGUGAGCGCUUUCGGUCUGCAGUUGCAGUGGGUCAUUACUUUUGCGUACGGUACGGCGGUCGUCCUCUUGCUUAUUCUGUCCUACUCGCUGGACCGCACCAAUCGUCGUUCUUUCCUUUCCAACUUCUUGGUUGAGAAAGAGAAUGAAAACCUCAAAUCGUCUCUGAAACAAGCGGAAGCAGCAUUGCAGAAUGAUGCUGCCCACGCAGACGAGGAACGUGAAGUGGCCCGGAUACUCGCAGCACCAGAGAUGUGCCAUUUCGAAAUGCUCCACAUCCCCUUUGCUGAUCUCACUUUUCUCCAGGCCAUCGGUCGGGGCUCGAUGGGUGACGUCAUCAAGGCCAAGUAUUUUGGCACCAUUGUCGUCUGUAAGCGUAUGCGUCGGGAAUACAUCGUUGAGUCCGGCAGAGGCCGGGAUCGGAACGGAAGCCGGGAUAUGUCGCACGCCGUUAGCGCGUUGGCGAGUUUCCGCGAUGAGAUUGAGCUCAUGUCGUGCUUGCGGCAUCCGAACGUUGUUCAGUUCAUUGGCGCAAGUUGGGACAACGCGUCUAAUCUGUGUAUUGUGAUGGAGUAUAUGGAGAAUGGCGAUAUGCAUCGUGUACUACACUCGGGACUGGGGAAGAACUUUACGUGGGUAGACCCUCUGCUCAAGAUGGCGGUUGACGCUGUGCAGGGCAUGCUUUAUCUUCACUCGCAAGAACGUCCUGUGGUCCAUCGUGACCUAAAAAGUGUCAACAUCCUAUGCUCUGCUACAUUUGGCUGUAAAGUAGGCGAUUUCGGCCUCAGUCGUCGAUACAAGAAGGGCGUCGACGCACUCACUACUCUCGUCGGCACCCCAUUUUGGCUUGCUCCUGAGAUCAUCCGCAGCGAGCGAUAUGGUCCCGCGGCUGACGUCUAUUCUUUCGGCAUCGUACUCACAGAGCUUGAGACGCGACACACUCCGUACCACGAUCAAGAAGAGACAGGAUUGAAGGUGCUGAUGAAGGUGGCACACAAAGGACUGCGGCCAUCAUUGCCCCCAAGUUGUCUGCCUGAGCGUCGCAGGCUCAUUGAAGACUGUCUCCGAGAUGUUCCUGCGCGUCGCCCAACGUUUGCGCAGGUCCUGUCACGCUUGCAAGGCCCCGUGCUACUUGAGAUCGAGGGCCACGUUGCAACUCAGCCGGAUCUGGAACGACGGGUGCGAUUGCGGCGCCAUCAAGAGCGUCGAAGCUUGUGA